GAUUGUUAAAUGGAGUGAUGGUAGUCUCAGUCUUCAUCUAGGAAAUGAGAUAUUUGACGUACACAAGCAACCCCUACAGAGUGAUUUCAAUCAUUUGUUCAUAAGACAAGGAACUGGUCUCCAAGGACAGGCAGUUUUCAAGACAAAGCUCUCCUUCCGCCCUCACUCCACAGAGUCCCACACCCACAAGAAGAUGAUCUUGUCCAUGGUGGACAAGAGCAACAAGAAGUCAGGGAUCAAAGUUAUCUCAAUGCUUGGAAACGACCCUGAGGCGAAUAGAUGGGAGAGGAUAAAAACAGAAGAGAGCAAACUCCGCGAAUCCGUCAGAAAAGACGCAAAGGUUAAGCGAAGCAAGGAGAAGGGUGCGGGUAAGGGUUUGAGCGGGGGAUAUCUAGAAGAUGGGGAUGACGAUGAUUCUGAUGAUGAUGAUGCUACGAUCAGUAUUGCCAAGAUUAAAAAUAAAUACAAGUCGGGUGGGGCAGCUCAACAGAAAGCAAAGAAAGCUAUUUACACCAGUGACGAGGACUCUGAUGUUGAAACAAAGAAAGCAAGAAAAUUGGAGAAAGCAAAAGGCGGGGAUUCGGAUUCUGACAGUGCCAGAUCUGCGAGGUCGGUCUCGCGGAGCCGGUCAAAAUCUUCAGCCUCCAGCAGGUCGAAGUCAAAAUCAGCCUCGAGGUCACGCAGCUCCAGUAAGUCGGGGAGUGCCGCCUCCGGAAAAUCAGAUUCUGAUUAAGAAAAAUCAGAUUUGUUCAAAUUGUGGAUCCAUGAUAGAUUGUUACGUAAAAUAUGGAAGAAAGAAAAUAAAGGAUAAUUUUGUAUU